GAGUUGAUUAGAUAAAAAUCAUAACCUCUCUCUCUCUUUCUCUCUUUCUUUGAUUGGGUUUUGGACCAUGGCUCUGCAACUAUGGGAGACUCUGAAGGAAUCAAUCACAGCCUACACGGGUCUCUCUCCUGCGACGUUUUUCACAGUUCUAGCUCUGGCUUUGGCUGUCUACCAUUUGGUGUCUGGGUUUUUUGAAUCGCCGCCUCAGCAAAGAGCCAGGUCUGUCGAGGAGUAUAUGCAGCCGCUCCCGCCUCCUGUUCAGCUCGGCGAAAUAACAGAGGACGAGCUCAAGCAAUACGACGGCGCCGAUCCCAAGAAGCCUCUCCUUAUGGCUAUUAAGGGUCAGAUCUAUGAUGUUUCGCAGAGCAGAAUGUUCUAUGGACCCGGUGGGCCUUAUGCACUAUUUGCCGGGAAGGACGCCAGCAGAGCUCUUGCAAAGAUGUCCUUUGAAGAAAAAGAUUUAACUGGGGAUAUUUCGGGUCUUGGUCCCUUCGAAUUAGAGGCAUUGCAGGAUUGGGAAUACAAGUUCAUGAGCAAGUAUGUUAAGGUGGGAACUAUCAAGAAGGCUGUUGGAGAAUCAGAAGGAGCCGGAGCCUCCACAGCUGAACCUGCAGAAUCUAUUGAACGUGAAGCUGCUAAACCUGCUGAAGAUGUUCCAUCCGAAAGCAAAACAAUUGAAACUGUGGAGGCUCCUGCAGGUGACAAUGUUGACAAGGAGUAGUUGUUGGAAGACCCAAGUGCAGAAAUCGGAUAUCUGGGGAACCAUCCUAUGGGACAUUAAGGGAAGGAUUAUGUUAUUUGGGUUGGAUUUAUCUUGUGAAAUCUGGUUUGACCUCUGCUAAAGAUAGUCUCAUAUACAUCUAAAGACUCAGUUUUUAAUGCUUAGUUGCCAGAGAAAUAAAUUUGCGCCCAUUUUAAAAUCUAA